AUGAUAUGUGACCCUGCGUCAGUUUUACUUCUGGUAUAUAUUGCCGCUGGCGAGCCAACAGCUACUUCAGAGACGAAGGACACGAAGGAGCUUGAGUCUCUGCAGAAGAUCGGGCCGGAUGUCUAUCUCUAUGACGGGUCUGCCUACAAUAGCAAUGCAUCCAAUUCCGACCCUUCACUCAUCAUCCUAUGCACCUGGCUCGGAGGAGCAAGUCCUCGACGCAUCAAUAAAUACGUGGCGCAAUAUCGAUCCUUUUUUCCAGCAUCAUCCAUUCUUCUCAUUACCACUACAUUACCAGAUAUCACCAUUCGUCCUUUCAGCGUGCUGCGUGCGCGAUUGAAACCAGCUCGUGAAGCCAUCUGCCACCUUUUCUCUCGGAAAACCGGCGAUACAUCUGAACGCAAGAACGGUGCUCUGCUACAUGCCUUCUCACACGGAGGAUGCAACACGGUCAUUCAGUUGGCGCUCUCCAUGAAGGAGAAUUCGCCCCCAAACGGGUUGCAUCAUCUUCCCCUAAGAAGCGUUAUCUUCGAUUGCUGUCCUGGGGACACCGAUUUCCGCCGAUCAUACAAUGCCGCUGUUCUAUCUCUUCCUCAGGGUGGUAAGUUGGUCCAGCUUGUCGGCAGGGCUGCGUUGUACACGACCGUGGGGACGAUCACUAGUAUCCAGAGCAUGGGACUUAUGAGCUCCGUCAAUGAUCUGCGGCAUCAACUGAAUGACGAGGCGGUGUUGGGGCGCCAGGUGCGAAGGCUGUACCUGUGCUCGAAGGCGGAUACCACGGUCGACUGGCGCGAUGUGCUCUCGCACAUGGAGACGGCUCGAGAGCAGGGAUACCAAGCUAAUGGGGAUGUGUUUCGGAACAGCCCGCAUUGUGCACUGAUGCUGGAGGAUGAGAAUAAAUAUUGGACGAGCAGUAAGCAGUUUUGGAGGGAGGAGGAUCUAUCGUACAAAGUUGAUGGUCCUGCAUCUGCUCUUGAAGUAACGCUUAUGGAUCUGUUAUCGGUCCUACCGGGCUUCCAAACACGAUCAUAUGCGCAUAUUAUACCCCCUCUCGAGAGAAACAAAAUCACCAUUGUCGAUCUCAUCACCCUCGACAAUCUCGAAAUCGCGAAACGCGCUCACGUUCCCCCCGCAGACCUUCGCCGGCUAACCACUCAAGUUGUCAAGGCGUUGCACAAAGAUGUUGGAUUUGAAGAGGCUUGUGAGGGUGAUGAUGCUGUCGAGCCGAGCUCCAGCAAUGACAUCGAAAAGCCUCUCAUCCCUGGUCCAUCGACCAAGCUAGACUUGUCGCGAUGGAGUGCGAUCAGCACUUUGGACCCCGCGUUGGAUGAGCUGCUCAGUGGUGGACUGCCGACUGGCUAUUUGACCGAAGUGACUGGAGAAAGUGGGAGCGGCAAGACGCAAUUUCUCCUCAGUCUCCUUCUAGCGGUGCAACUUCCAGAACAUCGAGGUCUCGGAAAACGCGCAAUAUACAUCUCAACGGAGGCCCCGCUGGCGACAUCGCGGCUGUCGCAGCUCCUCGAGUAUCAUCCUUACCUCUCGACCCUCCCGAAAGACCGGGCCCCGACACUGGAGAACAUCCUCUCCAUCAACGCGAUGGACCUGGAAUCCCAAGAUCAUAUCCUCAACUACCAGUUGCCAGUUGCGAUUUCCCGCUACGAUGUUGGACUCGUGGUCAUCGACUCGAUAACUUCCAAUUACAGAGCAGAACAUACAUCUCACAACGUCCUGGGUCUGUCUACACGAUCCGGGGAACUGGCAAGACUGGGCCAGAUGCUGCGCAACCUAGCCGUGGCAAAGAAUAUCGCAAUUGUUGUCGCAAAUCAAGUCUCGGACCGCUUCGAUCCCCUCGAGAGUAACGCAGCAUUACGGCGCGCCGCCGCAUACGGAACUACUAUUGUCUCAUCCUCGCCCGUAUCGACACAACAACAACCGGCGACACCUCUACACCGCGACUCAGCCGUCGGUUCACCCCUUCCCGCUGCCCGAUCCAGGCCUCCGGAGUCCGGAAAUGCCGAGCUAUCUCCUCAUAUCACGAUCGUUCCGCCAUCUUCAUCCCCAGCAUUCCCCUCCUCGCCGUUCGUCGCGGACGACAACCCGUCCGAGCACCAGCAGCAAGACUUCGACGGAUCAUACCUAAUCGGCAACCCCGUGCGCAACGAGCUACUGAGCCUAAUGCACCAGCAACGAUUCUUCACCGGGUGGGGCGAUGCACCGCAGGCCGCCGCGCCGCCUUCACCAUACUACCUCACCCGACAGCCCCCGCACAAAACACCCGCGCUGGGGUUCGUCUGGUCAUCCCAGAUAGCGUGCAGGAUUGCCCUGAAGAAGGAGGAGAUCACGACCACGCUCGACCCUGCGUUCGAACCAAAGAGCCCAGCCCCGUUGUCUCCAGCUUCACAUCCACACGAAGAAACUAGACCGACGCCAGACGGUAAGGAACAACGAAGUGAUCACCACGGCCUGGAAACCAGUUCGGAUAUCCCGCCCGUGCGGCGACGGACCACGCCCCAACAGGCAGCCCAAGACACAUUUCCCCCUCGCACGCUCCGAAGAACCAUGAAACUGGUCUUUGCGCCUUGGACCGCCGGGAUGGUGACGACUGCCGUCGACAAGGAGGGGGACUCCACCGUUCACAUCCAAGAUGAGGUUGAAUAUACCAUUUGGAAGGGAGGAUUGAAGAGCGUGGAAGGGCAAGACUAG